GUCAAAUGCUUCCAGAUUGGUUCUGACGCCCACGUGGCCCUGCCCUGAUUGGCUGUAUGCGCCAUGAAGCCUGAGGCUACUCUGGCUUCAUCCAGGGUCACCCCCCCACCCAGCAAACUUGCACCCCCUUAGCUGGAAAUGUCAGAGACCAACUUAAAUGUAAAGCUGCCCCAGCAGUGAGCUGAUUCUUGUCAGCUAGGGGCCGUGGCUGGUCCUCCCAGGAGUGGGAUGGAUACCCCCUGCCCUGGCAGGGGACAGAGCUGUGUCCAGUUGCCCAGCUGUCCAGGCGCUGACAUGCAGUGCACCCCAGAGCCACUCAGAUUUCCCCCCUUGGGCCUGCCCCGUGGCUGAGCUAGCAUCCCAGGCAUCCUGAGGCUAAAUAAGGAGUCCUCUUGGGUCAGAGAGUGGGGGCUGGGGCCCCGGGGGGGCCAUGCCAAACAAGGCAAGGAGGGCAGUGAUGUAUAAAACGGGGGCCGGGGCUGAGCACCUGCCCGCACCCCUCUCCUCCCAUCUAGACGGCUCUGUGCCGCCUGCAACCCAGCCAAGUCUGAAGUCAACCCCUUCGAGGUGAGUCUGAUGCCCAGAGAAGCCCCAGACCCUCCCAUGGCCUGGGAUGUUCUGAUCAGGUCGGUAAGCGCAGCAGGUCUGGUCUUCCGUCUCAACCGGGAACCCCCUUUUAUGUUGUCCGCUCCCCAGAUGUCCAAAGCAGCUCCUGCCAAAAAACCAGCCGCCCCGCCUCCGGGAUGUACUCUGGAUAUCAACGACCCCCAGGUCCAGAGCGCCGCCAUUCGCAUCCAGGCCUCUUACAGGGGCCACAGGUCCCGGAAGGAGCUGCGUGAGAAGGGGCCGCCGCGGGUGCUGGAGCCGCUGAAAGACGUGGUGCUGAUCGAGGGCAGCGCGGCCAAGCUGACAUGCCGAAUUUCGGCUUUCCCGGACCCAUUUAUCCGCUGGAGCAAGGACGGCAAGGAGCUGCGCGACGGGCCCAAGUACCGCUACGUCUUCGAGGACCCUGACGUGGUGGCACUGGUGGUGCGCGACGGGGAGCUUGCGGACCUAGGCCAGUACAGCAUCAACGUCACCAACCCCUUCGGCCAGUGCUCCGACUCCGCGCGCAUCCUCGUGGAAGUGCCCGCGAAAAUUCAAAAGGGACCCGACAACACUAAGGCGCGCAAAGGCGCCACGGUGACACUGACUGCGGAGAUCAUGGGUGAACCUCCGCCCGACGUGGGCUGGACUAAGGACGGGGAGGACAUCGAGGAGGACGACAGGUUGUUCUUCGAGAUCGGCAGUACCACCACCACGCUGACCAUUCGCCGGGUCACGCCCGCGGACAGUGGCAAGUACGAGGUGUACGUGGAGAACAGUCUGGGCACAGACCAGAGCUUCGCUCGCGUGGACGUGGCCUGAGAGGGACCCUCAGGCCUUUCACCCUGGCUCUAAGCGCGCGGGUGGGUGGGACCGACAACCCUCCUUCAUCUCGCUUAAUAAAGCGGCUUUCUCUGA